CCCGCGCCUUCUCCCGGACCACCAUUGUCUCUGCGACGCCCUGGUGCUGGUCCGUUGCAUGGCACCCAUCAUAUUACACUCGCACUCUCAUGAUGGCGUUCCCACAAUUCCCUCAAGUUGCGCCACUCCUGGGCCAUACGAACGCGCUCAGACGCUUCCCUGGACCCAUGUGCCCAGUCUUGCUUACUUCUGCAUUCGCCGACUCGUCGACUAUCCAGAGUACGCAGGACGCGUCUCUCUACCAUACGUGCCACCAGAAACAGAAGGCGAUCCGGACAUCCUCCGCACCCUAAUCCCAUCCUACUCGUACUUCGACAACACGCUCGACUACAAUGCGCUCGAACCCCGACUCUGGGCGGUCAUCGUGCAGGUCUUCACUGGACUGCCGUCCUGUUUCUCUACGUACUCUCUCGCGCUCAGCGACAAGUAUCUGCCGCUCCUGCAGCGCGUCGAGUGCACGAAGCGCUUCAGUCUUAUCGUUGUAUUGGAUUUGUCUGGGAGUUCUAAUCUCAGAGAUGAGACCAUUCACAAGUUGUUCGAGCUGCGCCAUCUGGCUGCGCUGGACAUCAGCAAGACUAGGGUAUCCGCGCUCGGUGUUAAGCUGCUUCGGCCGCGUACUGGCGCGCCGGACGGACACGAGGGUCCACGAGCACUGCGUGUUCUGUCUCUUCGCGGGUGUAAAGCGGUCAAGGACGAGGUGCUUGAGUAUCUUCUGCUCUUUCCUCUCCUGAGCGCUAUAGAUAUUCGCGAUACAGCAUGCUCCGGAAGAUUACCCAGCAACGGUGGAUUCCCUUUCAGCCCGUGCGAUAACGCAAGGCUAUUCCACCCUACGCCGCAUGACCUCAUCCUCGCAAACUUGCAGACGGAGCAGCCCGAGCUGCAUUCUUCGACGACUGUCUACACGCUUUCCGUCGCGCAGGAACGAUAUCCAGCUCUUCAACGGUUGCGCACUGAUGACGAGUUGCACGACGUCGGCUUUGAUGCAAGGAACUCGAGGAUCGCUUCCGCGGGAGAAGGAGAUGCGCCUGAAGCUACGGACCAACUGCUAUAUCCCCCAUGUCGGCCUGCGACGACUGUCGAAAAAGACCAGAUAGGGCCGACUAGCGAUGAUAUCGCUAGCCUUCUUGAUGCACCCGAGGUCGCUGAGGACUCCCGCGAGUUCGCGUCCCGCCUGAACGCGCGGCAGUUCUACGGCGUUCCCGAAGCUCGUCUGUCGCGCCACUCGCCUUCGACCGUAUCGCUCCAUCGUUCUUCAAACCGUCCCUUCACCAAAUACCGACUGGAGGCAUCUGCCAAACCCCGCCUAGAGAUAGAGGACCCACGGUUUACGCUCUAUAGGCCCCCGCCACCCUACUCCUCGCUGCCUAAACUGGGAGAGCGGCGCCAGAAACACUCCAUCACUUCGUCCAGCAAGGCUAUCACUCCGUCCAGCAAGGGAUCGCGCCUUGACCCUGCCCUGACGCGCCUUGACCCCGCCCUGAUCUCAUCCAACAAGGACGCCGUGAGCAAAGCGGCGCAUGCCUUCCUCGUCUCGCGCAAGCGACCCAAGCUGGACGCGGGGGUGGCCUGGGGGAUGCCGACGUCUAUGGCAGGGGGACAAGUAGGGGGACAAGCGGCUGUGGCUGGGGAACAAGCGGCGGUGGUAGGGGGUCAAGCGGAUGUGCAAAAGGGACGAGCGGCUGCGGCUGGUGGAUCUCCGGCGUCGGCUCAGGGCUCUGCGAUGCCCAAACAGAGUGCUAAAGCGACGUCGUCGACGCCGGCCACCAAGAAGGCGAACCCGUUCGCUGCUAAGCGCGGGGGCUUCUCGUCGCGCCUCGGGGCCUCACCUUCAUCGCGCCCCAAAACCUCGUCUCCAUCCUCCUCGCAUAUCUCUCCGCAGGGGUCCAGGACCUCAUCUCCACCCAAACGUCCAAAUGCCUCUCCGCCAAAACCUCUGGUACCCAUAUCGGCUCUCCCUCGACCAGAGUUCCCGCCAGACGAAAUCGCGAAGAGCCUGAGGGAGGCAGCGAAGGCGACAAAAGGGAAGGGUGAGCAAAAGGGGAAGGUCAAAGAGAAGGGGGAGGCGAAAGGGACAAAAGACAAGGAUCCGCCAAAGCCGGAGAGGCAGUUUGACUGGACGAAUUGGAGUAGGAGAGGUGGGUAGUGUACAGGGCUCUUCUAUCAAGCCUGUCGAGUUACGCUAUGGCAAUGGAUUAUGCUAAGAAAACAAUGGCACUCCGUGUUCCCUGGUC